CCUGCUGUCGAUGUUUUGCAGCCUGGCUGUGUUACUAAGUAUGAAAGAAUUCAUGUUCUGUGCCACACUGGUGUUCUAGCAUUCACUACAAUCUCAUCAAUCAUUUUCAUCAAGUACUAUCGGUAUGAUGGCAUCUUCAAAAGUCGGCAUGCAAGAUGUUUCCCUUCUAGAGCACAUUGCGAAAGCCCAAUGCUUGAAUGAGCAAGAUGAACACACGUUGCAAUCCAUAAUGUCUUCGAAAGCACGAAACAUAUCACCUGCAUACCUCGACAGCGAUGCAGAUGCAGAGUUGCUAUUAAACAUCGAGUUUAACCAGGCAGUUCGUGUACGAUCAUUGGUCAUUCAGGCGCAGGAUCGAGGACCAGCGAAACUCAGGCUUCGUAUCAACUGCUCCGCCAUCGAUUUCACCAAUUUUGAGGACUCAGAGGAUACGCAGAUCAUCGAGUUAAAGGCGGAUCAAGUUUCGAAAGACGCAACAACAAAGUUGAUUGCACUUCAUCCCACAAAGUUCAACCAUGUGAACUCGCUUCAUAUUCUCGUCGAAUCUGACCAUGAUAACACCAGAAUCGAUGCACUCGACAUCUUGGGUACGCUUGUCCACGCAACGAAGAAUCUUAGUGGUCUUGCACAACAAGCGGACUAGAAUAAUCACGGGUUGAAUUUUGCAACUUGAAUAUGGAGUCAGUGCGUAUUGAGCACGGCACUACACCCUUCUGCAGCUAUCAUAGAAUAUGAAUCUCAGGAGCUGUGCUCAAGUAUUACUACUAAUACGUGGGACUUUCAUUUCCCGUCAAUCUGAAGCCACAUACUCCACCUCUUUCGUUCUUCUUCCGAACCUUCGAACACCCAAUUGACCUUAAUUAUUUCUGAAAAGCCCUCUGUCAGUCGGGGCUCCUCAUAGUGAUUCUUAAAGCCUAUAAAAGCAACGUAUGGGAUUAUGUCGCGUC